GGGAAGGAGGCGGCACCCGCGGGGCCGCGGCCCUUUAUCAGCGGAGCGCGGCCCGGCCCUGACCCGAGCCGCGGCCGCCGCCGAGCAGCGCCCCAGAAGGCUCCAUCCAGCUUGGCCCAAGGAUGGAGUCCCUCCCUGAAGCAGUCCUGAUCAGGAUCCUGGCUUCCAUACCUGCGGUGGAUUUGGUGCUGGCCUGCCGCCUGGUCUGCUGCCAGUGGAAGAACCUGGUUGAUGGAGCUGCACUUUGGAUCCUGAAGUGUCAGCAGGAAGGCCUCACUGGAGCAGAGUCACAGGAGAAUGCAGAGAACUGGCAAAACUUCUACUUCCUGAGUAAGAAAAGGAAGAAUCUCAUCAAGAACCCAUGUGGUGAAGAAGACUUGCAGCACUGGGGAGAGGUAGAGAAUGGAGGUGAUGGCUGGAAAAUUGAAGAGCUUCCCGGGGACUUUGGAAAAGAAUUCCCUAGUGAAGAAGUCAAUAAGUACUUUGUUACAUCUUAUGAGUGGUGUCGAAAGGCUCAGGUCAUUGACCUGAGGGCUGAGGGGUACUGGGAAGAGCUGAUGGAUACAACCCAGCCUAAAGUUGUGGUAAGAGACUGGUAUGCAGGGCGCAGUGAUGCUGGCUGCCUCUAUGAGCUCUGUGUGAAGCUGCUCUCAGAGAACGAGGAUGUUCUGGCCGAGUACAAAAGUGAGACCAUUGCCAUCCCACAGGACAACGACGCCAACUGGACUGAGAUCUCCCACACCUUUUCCAACUACGGGCCUGGGGUCCGCUUUGUCCGCUUUGAACACGGUGGCCAGGACACGCUGUUCUGGAAGGGAUGGUAUGGCAUCCGUGUGACCAACAGCAGCGUGACAGUGGAGCCAUAGCCACGCAGAACUGGGGCCUGCAUGCUGGAGCUGACUUCCCUCAGGGCAUUCCAUGGCCUCUGGAUGGUUUCCGCGUGGUGCUGCUUCCAGGCUGUAGAGGACACGGCCUUUCUGCGCAUGAACGUGUGUGUGAGAUGCCAGGGGCCACCAUCUGCCCUUCCUCAAGGGGACUGUGCAAAGAAUGUGAAUGAAUUUGUGAAUGCACCACAGGAGAGAGAGCCUCGCCGCUUGCAUGGAUGUUCCAUCAGCUAUGAGAUCCCCAAAGGUCCUGCAGAUCUUGCUUCUAAGCCAUGAGCACCCUGCCUGCUUCCCAGACUUGGGCACCCCUUAACUUUAAGGGGCACUAAAGCUUAUUUUUUCUAGAAGGUAGAGUAGAAAAAAGGGAAGAAAGAAAAGCAUAGUCCUUGUGUCUGAGAACAUGCCAGAGCCUUGUCACAUCUGAAGCAUCACCAACUGCUUCAUAAGAACCUUAGCUUCUCCCAUUUAUAAACCAUAGAUGUCAUGGCUGGCCACAGAGGAGCUCAAACUUGGCUGCCAAGUGCUGUUAGUUUAAUUUUUAGUGAAAAUGCAAAGCAGUUGGGAUUGGAUCCUUUUCUACUGUUCCCAGCAUCCAUUUAUCAAGUGUUGGGAACUGAAAUCUCUCUAAUGUCCAACCCUCGUGCUUCGUUUAGCUCCCUCAGACAGAGCAAGCAACAGUAAUUGCUGGGGGAGAGAGAUGCCAAGGCCUUAGGGAAAUGGGUUAGAAGCAAACUGGGGAGGGGGUCCAGGGACAAACUCAAACUCAUCUACCCCUUCCUGGCCUCUGCAGGUGCUUGUUCAUGCAACAAGCACCCUGGUCAUCUCCUGGCAGGCAGGAGAUACUCUUCACACAGAGCUGUUGUUAGCCCCACUUGAUGGCAGUUCUUUCUGCCUACUAACAGUGUCUGCAAAAAGUACACGUCUGCCUCCACUCCAUAUGCUCGCUGACAAGACUGCACUUCAUACAUACUCCCACUAGUGCCUCUUGCUAUCAACUGAAGGCUGUGAGCCACCAUCCUGAACAAAGACACCUAAAGCUCCCCUGAGCCAAGUCUGUCCCUACUGGUGAGUCCUCGCAGAAGAGCAUCCCCUUGAUAGAGGUGGUGUUGCCUAGAGAGAAAGGCACUUACAUUUUUGCAUCCAUCCAUCUGUCUUCCCUUCCUGGGCUGCCAGCACAUACAUACUUGAAUGCCACUUUGCAUCAAAGUGCACCAUUACAAGUGCAGUGUAACUACUAUUACCUGUAGCCAAAGGAGAGAGCUUGCAAGCUGGUCACUGCAUGCUCUGCUUCACCAGGCUUUCUGCACUCAGAUGCUUCCAAACCACAGCCACACCAAGCCACAGGCCAGGCAAACACAAUAAAGUGACACAAUUGUGUGUGGAUCUUC